CCGGGCCCGACCGCUGAGAGCAAGCCGGUGAUAAGGGGAACUAAAACUACCGAGCGUUACAACAAAGGGGCUCUGAAUCAAGGCAACACCGGGAAAACUAACCUCAGAACCCGCCCGGAACCGCUCGGCCCGUUGGUAGCCUCGUGAGACUUUGAGUGGUGCCGCUACUGAAAGCUCAUCAUGGGGAAUAGGAAACUGGCGCUGGUUGCUCUCUGUUGCCUUGUCCUGGCAAUGUUGCCUUCUCACACAGUAAGUGUUGCUGUCAUGUCAGUUGACCUGGGAAGCGAGUGGAUGAAAAUGGCAAUCGUGAAACCUGGUGUACCAAUGGAGAUUGUUCUUAACAAAGAGUCAAGGAGAAAAACACCCGCAGUCGUAUGUCUUAAGGAGAACGAGAGACUUUUUGGAGACAACGCGCUAGGAAUGUCUGUGAAGAACCCAAAGACUGUCUACAGACACCUCCAAAGCCUCCUGGGUAAAAAGCACGGCAACCUCCAGGUGGAGCUCUACCAGAAGCGUUUCCCUGAGCACCACUUGCAGGCGGACCCAGUGAGGGGCACAGUCUUUUUUAAAAACUCAGAAGAAAUGCAGUACACACCUGAGGAGCUCCUGGGGAUGGUGCUCAAUUAUUCAUGUGGGCUGGCUCAGGACUUUGCGGAGCAACCAAUUAAAGAUGCAGUGAUCACCGUCCCAGCCUUUUUCAACCAGGCGGAGCGCAGGGCAGUCCUGCACGCUGCGCAGAUGGCAGGUCUAAAGGUCCUCCAGCUCAUCAACGACAACACAGCCGUGGCCUUGAACUAUGGGGUCUUUAGGAGGAAAGAUAUCGACAGCACAGCGAAGAAUGUGAUGUUUUACGACAUGGGCUCAGGCAGCACCACUGCCACGAUCGUCACCUAUCAGACAGUGAAGACCAAGGAGGCUGGCACCCUCCCCCAGCUCCAGAUCCGAGGCGUUGGGUUUGAUCGUGGGUUGGGGGGCUUUGAGAUGGACCUGCGACUCCGGGACCACCUGGCCAAACUGUUCAAUGAACAGAAGAAGAGCAAGAAAGAUGUGAGGGAGAACCACCGGGCUAUGGCCAAGCUCCUCAAAGAGGCUCAGAGGCUCAAGACUGUUCUCAGUGCAAACGUGGACUUCAUGGCCCAGGUGGAAGGUCUGAUGGAUGACAUCGACUUCAAAUCGAAGGUGACCAGGUCUGAGUUUGAAGAGCUGUGCGCUGAUCUGUUUGAAAGAGUGCCUGGCCCAGUGCAGGAUGCCCUGACUGCAGCAGAAAUGAAGCUGGAUGAAAUCGAGCAGGUGAUCUUAGUCGGCGGCUCCACACGUGUCCCCAAAGUCCAGGAAGUGCUGCUCAAAGCUGUGGGGAAAGAGGAGCUUGGAAAGAACAUUAAUGCAGAUGAAGCAGCGGCCAUGGGCGCCGUGUACCAGGCUGCUGCCCUUAGCAAGGCCUUCAAAGUCAAGCCUUUCCUGGUCCGAGAUGCAGCUGUCUUCCCCAUUCAGGUGGAGUUCACCCGGGAGAUGGAGGAGGAGGGGGUCAAAACCCUGAAACACAACAAACGAAUCCUGUUCCAGAGGAUGGCGCCGUAUCCCCAGCGCAAGGUCAUUACGUUCAAUCGUUACAGCGACGACUUCGCGUUCAACAUCAACUACGGUGACCUCAGCUUCCUGAGUCAGGAGGACCUCAGUGUAUUUGGCUCGCCGAACCUGACCACAGUCAAGCUGUCCGGAGUGGGCAGCAGCUUUCAGAAGCACCUAGAUGCCGAGUCGAAAGGAAUAAAAGCCCAUUUCAACAUGGAUGAAAGUGGAGUUCUCCUGCUGGAUCGGGUGGAGUCUGUCUUUGAAACAAUUGUGGAAGAGAAAGAAGAGGAAUCAACUUUAACUAAACUGGGUAACACCAUUUCCACCUUGUUUGGAGGAGGAUCCUCAGAACCUGCCCCAAAUGUAACUGAACCUGUCCAGGACGAGGAGGAAAUACUUCCCGAGUCUGGAAAGGACAACAAGAGUGAGGAUGACAAGGAUGCGGCACAGAAGGACGAGGCUGCCAAGGAGACGCAGGAUGAUUCGGAGAAAAGUGCAGGUGAAGAGAAAAGCCAGGAGAAAACGGAGGAGGCAGGCAGCAAGAACGAGGCCAAGGAGGAGAAGGACGAAGAGAAAUCUGGAAACACAGAGGGGGAGAAGGAGGCAGAGAAGAAGGCGAAACCUCAGAAAAAGAGCAAGAUCUCUGAAGACAUCGCAGUGGAACUGGUCAUCAGUGACAUCCUUGAUCCCACUGCUGAAGAGCUCACUUCCUCCAAAAAGAAGCUGCAGGAUUUGACAGACAGAGAUCUGGCCAAACAGGAAAGAGAAAAAACCCUGAACAGUCUGGAGGCUUUUAUCUUUGAGACACAGGACAAGCUUUACCAGGACGAUUACCAGCAGGUGGUGACCGAGGAGGAGAAGGAACAGAUCUCAGCCAAGCUUAGGGAGUCGUCUGAGUGGAUGGACGAGGACGGGUACGACGCCACCACCAAGCAGCUCAGAGAGAAGCUGUCUGAGCUGAAGAGCCUGUGCAAGAACAUGUUUUUCAGGGUAGAAGAGCGACGCAAGUGGCCAGAACGCCUUGCUGCCCUGGACAGCUUGCUCAACACCUCCAGCUUCUUCUUGAGGAGUGCCAAGCUGAUCCCAGAGGAUGACCAGAUCUUUACUGAAGUUGAGCUAAAUGUGUUGGAAAAAGUCAUCAACGAAACAACGGUGUGGAAGAAUGAGACGGUGGCAGACCAAGAGAAACGCUCGCCAAAGGAGCGGCCGGUCCUGCUGUCCAAAGACAUCGAGUCCAAGCUGGCUCUGUUGGAUCGAGAGGUUAACUAUUUGCUCAACAAGGCCAAGUUUGCCAAGCCCAAGGCUAAAGCCAAAGCCAAGAACAGCACAAGCUCUAAUAAAAGCAAUAAGGCCAACGACACAGCUGAAGAAAAAGUCAUCCCUCCGACAGAGGAGAGCACAGACACAAAGAGUGAAAGCCCAGAAGACGCCCAGCCGGGCGACGCUCCUCCCACCGAGGAGAGCACUCCACAUCCGGAUUCAGACAGCCAAUCACAGCCCACAGAAGAAACGACAACUCCAGGACCAACAGAGGAAGCCCAACAUGAAAACCACAUAGAAGAUGAAUUAUAACAGCUGGAACUGAAAAAAAAAAAAUCACUAUAUUUAUUGACAGUGUAUAAAUGUUCAAGUUCCCUCUCGCUCUGUGUUUUUUCUCCAUUUGUUUUCUUCGAUUUAUCUUUAUUGCCCCUGUUUGUUGAACUGCUGGAAGUUGAUUGGAUAGGGACUGGAACCGACUCAUCUUGCCCCUCGUUUUUCGCCUCCUGCAGUUUCUCUCUUUUCCCUUUCAUGGAUUCGAUAGCAACGGACGAAGAAACAGUUCAGCGGCAGCAAAGCCCCAGACUGCAUCUGUGCCACGAUGCAUGCAGUGUCCAAACAAAACGCUUACGUCCAACAUCAUGAUCUCAUCCAUGCUGACGCAGAGGAAGAUGAAAACAGUGUUUGGCCAGAUUGAAAUAACUAUGGACAGUUGACAACAAUGAGCACUGUUCUACUCUGGUUUGUCAUGUCCUGGUGUGUUGCUGUGAGGUUAGUAUAUCUUUAAACUAUUUAACGGUGUUGGUCACAGCUGGGUGGAUUCUCAAUGGAUAGAAUUCUGGUAUUUUAUUGUUUUGUUUUUGGAUAACAACCUGCGACUUAUUUGGCAGCAUAAAUCAUUAGGUAUGUUUGUUAUAAACAUGCCACAAAGUAGAAUCAGACAUCGUAUAUUACAUACGGCAUGUUCAAAAAGUACAUGUUGGAUGAAAAGUCAGCUGAUUUGAUGAAAAGCAUCACUGAUAUAGUGAAUCACAACAUUGCCUACUAAUCUUUCCUUAUAACUACUGACUUAUAUCACAGUUACUUUCUGGGAUUUCAGAAUUCCCAAGUGACUGACGAAAUUUCCUGUAAUCCAGGUAAACUUGUAGAGUGAUGGCAAAUGCUGCGCAUGACCAGAAACGCUGUACAUCACCUGCACAUCAUCGGACUGCUCGUCAUUAAGGCAUAAUUUCAUUUUUGAGUUUGCUUUGCUUGAUGAAACUUACUUACUUGUGUUUUUCAUUUUCAUUUUCUUCAUCACGGUUUUAGUUUUUUUUUUCAUAAAGGCUGAGUAGAAGAUGGUGCCAGAAACAGGUGCAUGCUGGGCUCCACCAUGUAGCUCCCGAGAGCAAACUAUAAAACUGGGCUACCAAAUAGCGAUGAGCUAACAUCUUCUAUUCGUCUCUCAUCGUUCUGAUGUAGCUGAAUUCUGAAUGAGUUUUUCUACUGAUGCCAAUAAAUACUUUGAGAAGUGAAUGUGUUUGACAGCAGCCAAACUCCACGAUUUCAAAGUCUCAUAAGCUGCUAGAAGAGGUGGUGUAUUAGUGUUGUCCGUUAUUUUUAUUUUUAUUUUUUUUUUCCCUCUUGCUGUGUGUUUGCAGCAGUCUGGAUUAUUUGAAUAGGGGUAACUGAAGAAGACACCAAGUCAGGAAUGGGAGAUGCAAACAAUGUUGUAUUUCUAAACUGUUAAUAAAAAACUUUUUUGUUUUUAA